AUGAAUCCUUUUAUGCUUGGUAUAUCAACGAUAUAGCGUAGCUGUUUUUCGUACGGUUUUUUACAUAUCAUUCUUAAGAAUUUGUUUUGAAUUUUUUGAAUUUUAUCGACGUGCGAUUUGGCCGCGGAUGCCCAGAUUUGAUAUCCGUAGGUGACAAUGAAUCUAACGCAGGUUAUAUAGAAUUUGAGUUUAACGCGAGUGUCUUGAGUUUGCUAUUCUUUACAACGAGAGGAUAUAUCCUGUGGAGUGCUGGACAUGCCAAUUGCGAUCUUUUAUGUAUCGCGGGUGCUUCCCACGUGAUUUUGGAUCAAGAUGACUCGCAAGUAUCUGACCGUAGAGGCUCAGGUAAUGUUUUGGCCGGUGAUUAUAUGUUUUAGAUUAUUAUAAACCUAACCUAACCUAACCUAACCUAAACCUAACCUAACCUAACCUAACCACUGAGGUUCAAGUGAUUACGGUUCAAGAAUAUUGAAGUUCAAGUGAUUUUAAUUUCAAGAGAAUCGAGGUUCAAAUGGUUUAGGUUCGAGAGAACCAAGGUUGAAAUGCUUUAGGUUCGAGAGAAUCGAGGUUGAAAUGGUUUAGGUUCGAGAAAAGUAAGGUUCAAAUAGUUUAGGUUCAAGAGAAUCGAGGUUCAACUUGUUUCAAUGCAGAAGAAUUAAGAUUCAAGUUAUUCAGGUUGAAGAGAUUCAAAGUUCGAGCUAUUUAGGUCCAAGAGAAUUAAGAUUCAACUGAUUUAGCUUCGAUAACAUUGAAGUUGAAGUAAUGUAUUCGAAAGAGUAAUAAUAAUAAUCAUAAUAAUAAUAAUCAUAAUCAUAACAACAAUAAUAAUAGUAACAACAACAACAACAACAAUAAUAAUAAUAAUAGUAAUAAUAACAACAGUAAUAAUAAUAAUAGUAACGAAAUUGGAAAUAAAUAAUAAUAAUAAAGUUAAAGAAAAAAAAGAAAAUAACUGA